UGUUAACGGUAACCCAGCUCAGCAACUCGAGGCUCAGUCUGCAAUCAUCCCAGCUGUAAUACAUUCAUACAACGGAACCAUGAGCAUAAGGACAAAGAAUCGCACUGGGACAAGCCCUAAUUACAUGAGGGACUUCAGCAGCAUGUCCUUGGGCUCCAGAAACGGCCCCAGGACCAGCAGCAGCGGCCUCUACAUGGGAGGCUCCAUCACGGCCGUGACCAUCAACAAGAGCCUGCUGGCACCCAUCAACCUGGAUAUCGACCCCAAAAUCCAGGCUGUCCGCACUCACGAGAUAAACCAGAUCAAGGGUCUCAACAACCGCUUUGCCACUUUUAUUGAUAAGGUGCGACACCUGGAGCAGCAGAACAAGAUGCUGGAGACCAAGUGGAAGCUGAUGCAGGACCAGACAACUGGCCCCUCCGACAUGGAACCUAUGUUCCAGACCUACAUCAAAAACCUGCAGAGACAGCUGGACCAGAUCAACAAUGACAAGGACCGGUUGGAUAUGGAGAACAGGAACAUGCACCAUAAUGUGGAGGACUUCAAAUCAAAGUAUGAAGAUGAGAGCAGCAAGAGGAACACAGCAGAGAAUGACUUUGUCCUGCUGAAAAAGGAUGUGGACGCUGGUUACCUGUCCAAGGUGGAUCUGGAGGACAGGUUGGCUGGGCUGGAAGAUGAGGUCAACUUUUUGAAGGUCUUGUACGAUCAGGAGCUGGGUGAGCUGCAGUCUGACGUGAAGGACACUGUGGUGGUUCAGAUGGACAACUCCCGGGGCCUGGACAUGAACCAGAUCAUAGCUGACGUCAAGGCCCAGUACGAAGACAUCGCUGCUCGCAGUCGGGAGCAGGCCGAGAGCUGGUACAAGACCAAGGUUGAAAGUUUGGCCGGCCAGGCUGGCCAGGCUGCAGAGGAGCUGCGCAACACCAAGGCUGAGAUCGCCGAGCUGAACCGACUCAUCAGCCGCCUGCAGAACGAGAUCCUGGCUGUCAAGGGACAGAAGGCCAACCUGGAGAGCCAGAUAACCGAGGCGGAGGAACAUGGGGAGAUUGUCGUAAAGGAUGCCAGGACUCUAAUCAAGGACCUGGAGGUAGCUAUGCAGAGAGCCAAGCAGGACAUGGCCUGCCAGAUCAGGGAGUACCAGGACCUGAUGAACGUCAAGCUGGCCUUGGACAUCGAGAUUUCCACCUACAGGAAACUGCUGGAGGGGGAGGAGACCAAAUUUGGACAACAAUCAAUUACCAACAUUUCUACCACAAAGCCUUGUUACACCAUGCCAGAGACUAGCUGCCAGCAGCCCACCCGAUCUUCUGCUGUCUUCAUCAAAAUGGUGGAAACCACCAACUCCUACAGAUCGUACCACUGAAAAACAACAUGUUGCUGAGACACAACAUGACUCAGAGAGGUCAUUUUCUGAAGGGGCUACAGUUUUCAUAACAAUCCAUGGCACUCAUAACAUAUUCAUAGCAGCCUAUUGAUGCAGUCAUAGAGCAUUAUGAGACUGUAGAGCCCCUUGGCUGUGAUAUAUACCAUACUAUGAAUAUUUAUAAGACAAUAUCACUUCAUAAGAAUUUGCAUCAAGUAAAGUGUUACUGUUACUUUAUACCAUGGCAUUGUUGAAUACUUGUUUUUGAUUGGCUUGAAGGGCAUUCUAGAACGUGCACUGUUUUCCUAUAACGCAUGGUAUAUUUGCACGGUAGAAUUCAAUGGCUAUAGUUAAUUCUUACAUGUUCUAUGUUUGAGCUGCUUUUGAAAGCAAAGUCGAAUUGAAAACAUCAUUGCCAUUGUUGAAUUCGGUUUUCAUAAUGGCAAGCUAGGACUGGUGAUUUAGUUAGCUAAACUAGCAUGUCUGUUUGUUUGGUUACCACGGCAACUACUGUAGCUAUCUAGUAAACUUGCUAGCUACUUCAGUGGAUGUUGAAAACAUUUCUACCGGCAAAUGAACUCAUUUCUAUUGGCAAUUAUGUUAAAUAAUAGUCAUGGUAUAAAAUGGAUAAUCAACGCUGGGCUCUUUGUGUUCUCUGGAAACUAAUGCAACUCUGUGUGAGGUCAGUUCCACUCUGCUAGCACGUAGUGGAACACACCGCGUCGUUAAUUAUUUUCCAUAGAACGCAUAGAGCCCCUCGUUGAUUAUCCCUUACAUAUACUUCAUCAUACUACAUCAGAGAAAUGGUCUGUCAACCAGACCUCACAGAACCACUUGUUAUUUAUUUGUUAUGCUGUACUAUAAACUGAAUUGAGCUUGUUUCCUAGUAUAAGAUUAGCCUAAAAUCUGUUUCUUUACUUCUAUUAAAACGGUGUAAUUAUGCAAUAUCAUGUACCAAGAUGUUCAGACACAAAUAAAGACUCAUAAUGGGGA